CCUAGUUAGUCUCUUCUCAAACUCGGCCAUCACACUCAGCAGUUUUCUCUCAACUCUACCAAUAACCUCAACACUCCAACCGAAAAACACGAAUAUCACAAUCUUCAAAGUCAACCCAGCAAAAUGAUUGCAAUCAAGUUCAUCCUUGCCCUCCUUGCCCUCGGCACUGCCUCUGUUCUUGCAGCUCCUGCUGCAAGCAUCAAGUUCUCGCCUCGUCAGGGUAACGAGGUUUCCGUCUUUGCCUGUACCGAAGCACGCUUCACCGGAGAGUGUCGCAUGCUCCCGACACCGGCCGAACAAUGCUUCAACAUUGAUCCGGCCUGGAACGACGUUAUCAGCUCCAUCCAGAAUCUUGAGAGAGACAGGUUCAAGUGCAAGUGGUUUGAGCACCAGAACUGCGAAGGAAAGGAGUACAAGAACCAGGAUGAUGCCGAUCUGACGGAUGGGAACGGCUUUUUCGAUGAUCGCAUUACUUCUUGGUUUUGCGAGAGGAAGUGAUGCCCGAGAGGAGAGAUAUCAUGACUGAUGGCUGGCCAUCAUGUUCUAGGUCGAAUGUCGACAAUAUGGGAGUUUCAUGUUUGGGUUUGUUAUUAUUGUGUAAGAUUAGUACCUAGAUACCUAC